AUGGCAUUGGCCACGCAGUCCCGGAGACUUGUGCCAGGCUCGGAGUCGCAGCGGUCCCCGCUUGGGGGGCUGGAUGUGCGCGUCGGCUGGUUCCCCGGAACUUGGAGGCGGCCGCUGCGACCCGGAGCCCGCGGGGGGCGUGUGCUCGCCAACUGCAGCCUCCCCCCGGAGGGCAGCCGAGGGCUCCCCCAUGAUCACCGAUGGCUUGGGGUGCGCACGUGGGCGAACUUGAUCCACCAGCGGCGGGUGGCCCUGGCCGAGCUGCGAGGGGCGGACGGCGAGCCUCCGGUCGACCGGAGCCCGUUGGCGUGGACAUGGUGCACGGUGUUUCGACGCGGGGCACGGGGUCCUGUCAAGCCGCUGCCGCCGGAGGAGCGGUGGGGCAAAGACCAUGACUGUACAGUACAGAUGAGGACCUCUACCUUUUUGUUUCUUUCCUGUGUUCAUUCCACAGGUGUGUAUCCGAAUCUGGAGCCUAUCCAGCGUUUGCCGGCUGGGCUUUUCCAGCGUGAGAAAGAAGGACCCGUCAUCAUUCACACCGAUGGCUCUGAAGUCUUGGACCCCAACCACCAGAACUGCCGGAGCCCAUGGGAAAGAACCAGAGCCCGGAGGCGGCUGCCUCUGCAGCCAGGAAUCUCUGAGGAUUUGAAAAAGGUGAAGGAGGGAAUGGGCAUUGCCAGUAGUAAUGGAGUGGACUUCCUCGUCCUCCUUGACGAUGUGGCUGCUGAGCAGGGAGCAUUGACCAGAGCUGUGGGCACAGCCUUGUGUGUGCCAAGAGAAGACAGGGGAAGCCUUCAGAUGGCAGCAGGACCCUGUCUCCACCUGCUGGAGAGCAGCCUGCUGAAGGGCGAGGGCCCGGCCACUCCACCCGGAGUAACAGGUGUCUGGCAGCUGAGGGCAGCGGGGGCCUCUGGCUGCAGGGAGGGACCCAGAGAGCUGUGUGCUCAUGAUGUGACCCUCCUACCUUUCUUAAUGGCCCUGGGGAUUUUUGACCACAAGUGGCCAUCAUUGGCUGCUGAAGUGAUCAUGGGACUCGAGCACCAGGAGUCUAAGGAGUGGCUACCAUGGGAAAUGGUAACCUCCAAGGAACAAGUGCUGAGUGGUUGCCCCGACCAGCUCUGUCCACUGGACAAGUUCUUGAACACCUUGUCAGUUCACACCUUGAACCCAGAAAAAAUACACCUGCUCUGCUCUCAAGCACAGGUGGUGGAACUUGGAAAUGGAGAGUGA